CGUGAUACGGUCACACUGCUUCCUAAGAUUGGACAAAAAUGAACAUAGUGGAAGCUGAGAUUCCAUCAUCCUUCAAUAUCAACAUUAGUUUAAACGCUCAAACAUGCCGUGUUUGUCUGCAAUCUCACGAGACCACUUUGUGCCUUCGCGAUGAAAUCGAGUACAAUGAUUUGAAUGUGGAAUUGUGGCAAUUGCUAGAAAACGUUUCUAAUGUGAAGUGCAUAUGGAAUGAACCAAAUCUGCCCACUCAACUGUGUCAAAGUUGCACACGUCGUCUGAUAAGCGCCUAUGAAUUUAUUCGCGAAGUGGAAAGAUCACAGCAAACCUUACAGGAAAUAUGCAACAGCUUGGAACAAGAUCAGUCCACUAUGGCUGUUAUCUCCGACGUGAACGUGGAUGGAGUAGACGUGCCUGAACAUGCAAAUCAUGAAGAGCUGCUGCAUUUGGAUGAAUGUGAAUCGAUUAUUGAAUUGCAUGAAGUGGAAUUGGAACAAUCCGAUGAGGUUUCAAAUAAUGCUACAGAGGAGACUGAGCCCGAUGAUCUCGUCAAGCGACGAGAAUGUCCCCAUUGUGGCAUUAGUUUUCCCGUGUCCAGUUUGACGAUACACAUACGACGGCACACCGGCGAAAAUGAACACUGUCCCUACAAAUGUGAUCAGUGUGAGAAGGCAUUGGCCCCAAAAGCCCGCAGUCAGGAUCUAAGUUUGCACAAACGCAUUCACACGGGUGAACGACCAAGUGAAUGCAAGAUAUGCGCCAAGAAGUUCAUUUCGCAGAACAAACUGGCUCGACACAUGCGACUUCAUACUGGGCAGCGUCCUUAUGCCUGCGACAGAUGUGAGAAAAGCUUUGUGCAGUCCAAUGAUCUUAAGAUUCAUAUGCGCCGACACACGGGAGAGCGGCCAUACAUCUGUGGCGUUUGUGACAAAAGCUUUGUUUGCGGCUCACUUUUGAACAUCCAUCGCAAUCAGAAACACCACUUUGAGGGCGAUGAAAUUGCUAAUACCAAUGCCAAGCCCAAUCCUGAUCCUUACGAGAAUAGUCGCGUGAACAAGCGACGUGCGGAGGAUAUUGAACGCAUACGAUUGCAGCGAGAGCAGAAACCGACAUUGCCAAUAAUGCUGCGGCCUUACACAUGUGGUGUCUGUGGCGAUAACUUUAAGAGCGGCGCCCUGCUCACAAUUCAUCGCAAUAAAAUGGCUCAUUACGAGCGAGCCAAGGUCAACUAUGGGGAUCCGUAUGAGCAAAAAUACAAGCAACAGCAGCACUCAAAAUCAGACAAUAAUAAUUAAGUCUAAGUUGCAAUUUGAAUUGUUUGAAAACAUAAAUAUUAUAUACAUACAUAUGUAUGUAUAUUUUUAAUAAUGUUUUAAUUAUAGAUUCACUGUCUAAUUCAUGUAUAUGAGUAUGCAUCUAUUUUAUUUAUAUUCGCGUAUGCAUAAUUUCGGUUUAUUUACAUCUAUCUAACUUAUUUAUAAAACUAAAAUAUACAGAUAAUUAAAAUUUUUUUAAAGCAUAGUAGAGAUAAUACAUGUUAUAUCAUGUUUGAGGGCUCAAAGAGCAAGUUAUAUACAUAGUUCUGCAAUCGGGGUUGAGAUUGUGAACGUAAUAUUUUUCAUUUAAACAUACUAUGUAGAUGAUUACAAAUAAAAUAAUUAUACACAAAUACAAUUAAUGCAAUGUGCUUAAAUGAACAGUAAACAAAUAUUAAUAUACAUAUAUGUAUGUACAUACAUAAUUACCUAAACCAACGAUACACGAUAAUAGUUUAGCUUUUCAGUUUUUUUUCGAAGAAAUUCUAAAUUCGUAUUCAUUAUAUGCUUUUUUAUUUCUUUGUUGUUUGAGGUGCUAACUUUAUUCAUAUUCCAGUUUUUCGACAGAACUGUUUGAUUU